AAAAUUUUUAAUAAAAAGCGUAAUUUUACUUUACCCUACCUAAUUUAAGGGUUCUUAUAAUGUUUUCCAAAAAUAAAAGAACUCAAAGUCCUUUACUAAAAUCUAAGCAUGCAUACUCUUUAGAUUACCUAAAAUUAUUAUACAACAUACUCCUCAAAAAUCAAAUAAUAACUGAAGAAAAUAAAGAUUUAUUAAUUGAAACUCUUAGAUCAAUAUCAGAAUUAUUGAUAUGGGGAGAUCAAAAUGAUCCAUCAUUAUUUGAUUUUUUUCUUGAAAAGAAUAUGUUAUUAUUUUUCAUAUCAUUUGCUAAACAAGAUUUAAUGGGAGGAAAAUAUUUGAGUGUGCAAUUGCUUCAAACUCUGAAUAUCUUGUUUGAAAAUAUUAGAUCUGACACAUCUUUAUAUUAUUUGCUUUCAAACAAUCAUAUCAAUACACUUAUUCAACAUAAUUUUGACUUUACUCAAGAGGAAAUUGUGGGCUAUUAUAUAUCAUUCUUGAAGACGCUUUCGAUGAAAUUGAACCAGCAUACUAUCCAUUUCUUCAUAAACGAACACUCCAACGAAUUCCCACUUUAUGCCGAAGCCAUCAAAUUUUACAAAAGUACCGAGCCUAUGGUCAGGAUAGCCGUGCAAACUAUAACCCUUAAUAUCUUUUCAAUCAAAGACAAAAAUGCCCGCCAACAGAUAACAAAAUGCAGUGCCACCUAUUUUUACGACCUCUCCUCCAGUCUGGAAUCGAAUAUUUUAAACAUCAACAGUGCUCUCGCGGAACUCACUAAUCGCAUCACUAACAUUUUAACCGAAAUUUCGAGCGAUAGACCAGCCAAAAUGGACGUCAAAAUUUGCGACGAAAAUGUAAAAGGGAAAAUUCCCGAAAAAGGAAAGACGGAGCUCAACGAACCCGAGUUAGUCCAUGAUGGUGAUAAGAGAAUAAAAAAGGGUUACGACGCUCUGGAUUUGCGAAAUAUUUUGAGAAAAAACUGUACUCCUUUACUCGAAAAACUUAACGACCUUACCAUUGACCACUUGGACAAGUUGCAUUAUAUUUACGACAUUUUUGAGUGCAGUGGAAACAAAUUUUCGGCCUUGACCAGUCUCCUUAGCGAAAUUCUGGUGAACAACGUGUUCGUUCCACUUUACUUGGUCCCGCUAUCGCCACCGCACAAUCAUUCUCCUCCUUUACCUCAUCAUAUCCAGUCUGAUAUGGACAGAAGAGAUGGAAUACCUCAUACCAGCGCUAAAUCGAUGUCGCUGACUCCCGAAGUAUCUCUUUUCCUGUUAACACAAUGUUUCGAAAUUUUCGGAAGCAAACAACAUCAAUGUAUCGAUAACUUCGCGAACAUGGAAAAUGAAAAAUCGAUUCACGCUUCCAAGCUCGUCAAUUCCAUGCUACAAGAGUUGAUAGACCUUGUGUUCAUAAACCCCAAUCCCCUACAAAUCAUAAUGUAUUGCUGUGAUAUAAGAAAGUCUUUUUCCUCAUCGCUCAUUCAAACUUUUGACAGUGGUAAUAUUUCCCUCGACAAAACACAGAAUAUGGCCAACGAUCCUAAAAUGUGCGAAAGUUUUGCCGAUUUUGGUGUAUUGAAAACGGCGGCAAGAGAUAAUUGGAAAAGUGGAGAAGAUUUGCUAAGCAGUAAAAGUUCGAACGAUCUUAUAAACGCGGAAGUUUACCAGAACAUUGUGCCGGACGACAAGUUGUCUAUGAGUUGCUUGUCCUUAGGGCAUAAAGAUGAAGAUUACCUCUAUUCUCUCAAAAAGAAAUUAAAUCCCAUAUAUAAAACCUUGUUGCGAAAUUUUGACAUGGUGCCCAAUAACGCGAAUGAAGAUGGGAGGAUAUUAUUGAUCCUUAUUUUUAUUUCCACAGUCUUAUCGGAUUCAAACAUUUCAGACCUUUGUUUCAACUUCAAUCCUUCAAUGAUGUACGAUAUUCCUCUUGGGAUAAAGACUCGAGAAAUAUCCGAUUUUUCCGGCCUCAAAAUCAAUACUGGAUUGAUGAUGGAAAAAUUGAUCAAUUUUAUAUUCGACUACGUAAUCAAAGAAUACACAGGUAUGAGACUAGUGACCCUUUCUUUGGCAUUAUCCAACCUCGUGGCAUUAUUAGCUCGCUAUACGGUAGAUCCCGAUCUAUAUGUCAAAAAAGCUGGCAAGGAAAAGGCGUUCAUGAUGGACAACGGAAUCGAUCAACUCAUUGAGGCUUACGACGUUACUUUGACUCGAAUGGUUAACGCUUUCAAGUCCAAUGAAGAAGUAUUUACCGACGUGUUCGAAAUCCAACUGGCCUCGCUGGUCUUUUUAUUGAUUCCAUCCCUCCUACCCUUCUCUACUAAUCAAACAUUCCAAUCUGACAAUCAAAAUACGCCUGAUCAUCUAAAGAUCAGCGAAAAAAAUGUAGAUAAGACCGCUGUAACGACUAAUAUAGAGGUUAGUCUAUUCCACAACCCUAUACUCUUGCUUACUCAUUUUGGCUUGGGAGAUGAUCGUAAUCUUGACAAAGAAAAUUAUUUGAAUAUUAUAUCGAACAUGAAAGUUGCGGCAAAGGUUUACGAUACAUUGUUGAAUGAUUGCGGUAUCACUCGAGAAGCUGUUAGAUCUUCGAAUCAAAAUCAUGAACAGACUCUUAGCAAUCUCGCAACUCUGUACGCAUAUGGUGGAGAUUCGGUUGGUGAAAUUUCUCCUACCCUCGUUAAACUCAAAAUGAAUAUUUCUUGCUUUUUAUUGCUGAGAAAAUUUUUUCGCCAAUUAUCCCCGCAUUUUUAUCCAUUGACCCAAAGAUUGCAAGAGCAAAAAUGGGCAUACGAAAAAUCAUUACAAGACGUGUACAAAUCUUCCGUUCUACCUACUGUUGAUACCGUUUUGGAUUUAAGUGAUAAAGAUAUUAUAUCAUGCACCUUGGAAAAACAUAUGAAUCAAAAUCUUCCUUACUGGUUUUUGGUGGUUUCCGAUUUUUAUUUCUCUCUAGUCAUACCUCAUCAAAAAAAGAUGGCUCAUGGGAUAGUCAAAUACAUAGCUCCGCUUAAAGAUAUAGAGAUAGCCAGCAUUUACAACGAACCGAAAUCACUUCACGUCAGAACUCAAAUACUAUUCAAUCAUUCUUCCCCAUCCUCGUUAUCCCAUAUCUAUAACCAAGAAGUAUUCGAUAAAAUUGCUUGUUUCAAAGCUAAGCUCAUAUUCGAAGAUGUUAUAAGGUGCCAAGCUGCUAAAAAUUGUCUACUCAAAGGUAGAGCCAGUUGCCGCAAAAUCAAGAGGUAUUUGUUAUCCAAGCUAUUUCAAUCUUCCCACCCUUCCUACCUUCCUUUGCCUAUUCACGUUUUACAGAAUUGUUCAGGUACUCCUAACAAUUACACAGAUCGUUCGGUCGAUAAAAACAGUAGUUUAUCUGAAAAUAUUCACCGUCGUCAAAGUUUGGAAAAUCUACAACAAGAUACGAUACUUAGUUCACUCAUAAACAAUUCCGUAGAAAAUAACCCAUUUAUAUUUCCCACCUCUACCUCCGCUCCACCAAAUAGGACAUCAUUACCCCAAAAUAGUGACAAAAACGAAAUACCUUUGACACACAGGUACAUAGCAUCUCCUCAUGCCCCCGGUAGAAGGAAUGACAAUAUUAAAUGUGAGAAGAAAUAUAUGCCUGGAAAAAUAUACAGAGAAAUGAAUGCGCCAUUUAAUAAUAUUUCCAAUCAGGAGAAUCGCGAUCCUGUAAAGUAUCAUGCAAUUGAUAUUGAAGACCCACCUGGAUCCUUAGACUAUACACAAUCUUUCCUCGUUCACGAUCCAAAAAAAUCAAGUUUACCUGAUGAAAUUGGUCCAUACCGAAACAGAAAAUCAAUCGAUUACACCAGAUGCAAUAAAAUUAAGGAGAUAUGAAAUUAUCAAUAUUUAAUAAUUGUGUAUAUUUAAUGUGUGAAAACUGAUUUGUCUGAUUACAAUAUAUAUAUCAUUAUUUAUGUAUUA